AUGAAUCGCACGUUGGCUAUUCUCUCUCUCGACGGCAAAAACAUCACGUUUUCGCCAGCCAACGACCACUGGCGAAAGAUGCGACGGCUGGCGACGCUCCACCUUCUGUCUGCGAAGAAUUUGCAGAAUAGCCUUCAUGUGCGAGAGGAGGAGAUUCGCGACAUGCUCGAUGCGAUCGCUGCUGACGCAACAAUGAGUACUUCGGAUGUGAUUAAAACGGGUGCUGCUGCUAUGGGAGGAACCGCGAAAUCUGCCGCCGAGGCGCAAGAGGGGGUGGAAUUGCGAAGGUAUUUAAAUCGCGCGACGCUGAGCAACAUUAUGCGCCUGACAGUCGGGAAGCGCUUCGGUUAUUCCUCGAUUCGCGGCGCGGCCGGCACCACGCCGAAGGCGAUUCUCGAAGCUGCCAUGCGCAUCGACUGGAACGAGCGCAUCGCCGCAAUCAGCGGCGAGAAACGCGGAGGAGAGAUACGCAGCGGCGCUGCCGGCGCGGCUGCAGCUCCAGCUGUUAGGUCUGAGGAAACGGAAUGCAGUACUGCCGCUAAGACCAACUUCUCGUCUUCAAUGGAGGAAGCGGAAGGAGAGGUGGCGUUUGCGAUAAUCGAGGAGGGCUUUGCUCUUGCGGGAGCUUUCAAUAUCGCGGAUUACGUGCCGUGGCUGAGCUACUGGGACCCGCUGCGCAUGUACACGCGCGCGCAGCGCCUUGCGCCGCAGCUGCACGGUUUCAUGCGCGCGUGCAUCGCGGAGCGACGUGCGCUCGUGCGGCAGAAGAAAUGCCCGGAAGAAUCGAGGCGCGAGAAUCUUCUUGCGCCAGGGACUCUGGCGGCGACGACGGCGGGGCCUGCGGUUAUAGAGCCGGAGGGACUGAAGGGACACGACGAGACGGCUCUUGUUGAUGCAUUGUUCGAGACUGAAGGGGAGGGGGAGGAUCAGAUGGAUAAAGACGAGAUUCUGAUGCUCGCGAUUGAUAUGAUGAUGGCCGGCACUGACACCACCUCCAAGACUGUCGAAUGGGCGCUUGCUGAGCUGGCGCAGCACCCCGCCAUGCUGGAAACGCUGCGCGCUGAGGUGGAUGCGGCGUAUGCAAGGUCAGCAAAUGCGGCCGCCGAAACUGGGACGGCUGCAGCAGCGGGAUCGGGAGUUAUGGUAUCUCUGCCUGUAGCGGAAAUGCCAUACCUGCAGGCCGUUCUAAAAGAAACACUUAGGCACCAUCCGGUUGCUCCGUUCCUCGUUCCCCACCAGACAACUGGCAGCGUAACUCUCGGUGGUUACCACAUCCCUCCCAACACCAUGGUCCAGAUCAACGCCUGGGCUCUCGCGCACGAUCCAACGGUCUGGAUUAACCCGCACAAAUUUGACCCCUCCCGGUUCCUUGACCCUGCUGCCCCGGAUGUGACCGGGCAAAAUUUCAGCCUGCUGCCUUUUGGUUCGGGCAGGCGCGGGUGCCUUGGGACAAACCUGGGCUUGGACCUAUCUGCGCGCCUGCUGGCGAAUUUCGUUUUGCGGUUUAAUUUCAAGCUGCCCGAAGAUGUGCGGGCAGCUGGAGGGAUGGACAUGAUGGAAACUUUUGGGCUGACUAUGGCUCUGGCCAAGCCGCUCAGACUGGUGUUGAGGGAGAGAAAGGCGGUGGCAGGGGCAGCGGUGGCUGCUUCAGGAGCAUGA